AUGUUCACGAAGCAAUCUGAUACUCAGAAGGCUACAACACUGGCAAAUUAUGUUGUAGCUUACAAAAUUGCUAGAAGUAAUAGAACGUUAUCGGAUGGUGAAUUUGUAAAAGAUUGCAUGGUGACUGUAAGCAACAUUAUUUGUCCAGAAAAAAGUAAAGAGUUUCAAUCUUUAUCUUUAUCACGGAGAACGAUAAUAAAUCGAGUUGGCGUCAUCGCUGAACAAUUAUCGUCACACGUGGAAAAAAAUUGUAACAAUUUUGAAUACUUUUCUCUAACCAUGGACGAGAGCACAGACGUGAACGAUACUGCCCAAUUGCUGAUUUUUAUUAGAGGAAUUGAUUCAGCGUUCAACAUAACCGAAGAUUAG